AAUUAAAACAAUAAAAGGCAAAGUUAUUAACUUCUAGUCACGGCUGUUCGUAUAGGCCUACAACAGUUUCAAGGCCCGGAUUAAACCUAAAAGAUUGAUAUUGCAUGGAGACUAGAGAAAUCGGAUCUUAAAAUGGCUGUUUCAUCAAACUUGGUACUCUUGGUCACCACCUUAUGCUUACUUUUUCCGGCUCAGUCUUGGGCUUGGCAAGUAAAAGACUUGGGCUGGUUUCUCAUUCGAAACCCGGCCUUCACGGCAGUGGAGCCCCGUCCUGGUGGCGUAGGUGGCUAUGACCUGAGUAUCAGCACCUUCUCGGCUAUUCCGGGUACUCUAGAUUCGAACUACAUCGUGCGUGAUAUAGCAAAACAACUUGUGGAGGAAAAUGAUGUUAGACAAUUAAAUGCCGAGGAGCUCGAUGACGGGUUGUUUUGGCCCAAUGAGGUUGGACUAGUGCCAGAGGAUGUCUUUGGGGUAGGCGGAAUUCGCUGGUCCGCAACUGGGUUUCUCCUCCCAUCUAAAAGACGAGGAAAUGUCGUUCUUAUGGAUGACUCGAAAGACGGAGGGGUCGGAAAGUCGUACGACAUCACUACCUGGAAGUGUGAUAUGGGGUUGUGGUUCUAUCAUCGUGUGCUCUGGCACGAUGUCAAUGGUGACGGACGUAAAGAUGCAAUCACGGCAAGGGCACGGUUCGACUUCGAGUAUGGUUUACAGAAGGCAGAGAUGGUAUGGCUAGAACAUCCUGAGGACCCACUCAAUGGAAAUCCAUGGAACAUCAAUUAUAUGUAUGAUGGACCUGAUGCUUUCUUCACAUUCGUAAAUAUCGACACACCCGACGGCACGUUUGAGGCUAUAAUCACUCCAGCGUAUUUCUCACAGACCUUGUUUGUACAUUGGAUAGAAGGUCCUUCUACAGACUGGUCUAAGCCUGAGAGGAUCUACUCUCGAAUCAUCGACGCCGUUGUUGGAGAAUCCUACUUUGAUGCUUACAUCGCGGAUGUGAAUCGAGAUGGAAGAAUUGAUGUUUUGGUGACUGCCAGCAGCGAAGUCGACGGGAAACUGCUCACCUACGAAAUCCCCGAAGAUUUCCGUACCGACAACUGGACUCGGCACGUCAUCGCGGACGGUUUCGUACCGAUACUUUCACAGGAGGGCCAGGGAUCACCCGGUAUUGUACUCCCGAUCUACGAGAGAACCGACGAAACAGACAAAAAGCCCCUCCUGCUCCUCACGGGCGAUGACGACGGAAAGAUCUACAUCUUCGAGAGCGCCGACUACGACGACGUCAACAACUGGAACUACACCGAGAACAUCAUCUUCAGCGUGGCGGGAACGAUCGGCGCGAUGUCAGUACAGGACAUCGACGAGGACGGCUACAACGAGAUCUUCAUUCCCGGUUAUUCCGUCAGCAGAUUCCACAUCUUUUCCUUUGCACCUUGAUGACGUCACAAUGCACAAUGAUAUGACCGUGUAUUUUUAACAGUGUUGUUUUCUUGUGUUAAAAAAAAAGAGCAAAAAAUAGACAUUACUCACCAAAAUGAAAUAUUUUGAUAUAUGUAGCUAGCUUUAGGCAACUAUUUUCAAUAUGGUCCAUGAUCAAAAUUUAAAGCCUACCUCAUUUUUACACAGAGUAUGUAAUAUAUGACAGAUAUGAUAUCUUAAAAUGAGCUAUUUUCCACACAUUAAUAUGUUACAAAUUGUUUCGAUGCAUGGCGUGUUUGCAAUUGUUGAAAUGUAAGAUAAUAUAGAAUACCAAGUCUAUUUUCAAUUUCAAUUCUAUUUCUGCAUUCUGUGUAUGAAAUAUUUUAGAUAUAUUUAUGUAAUAUGAGACAAACUCUGCCGUUAAGAUGAAUACAUAGUAUGUACCAUUCUUUUCAAUACAUGCCAUGUCCAUGUAUACGACAAUAUAAUUUUUUUAAACCAAUAAAUACCACAAUGAGCAUU